AUGGAGCACAAUACUUGGCUAAUUUGUUGGAGAAAAACGAAAAUUGAUCUUCGAUCAAAUCGAAUUGGAAAUACUGGCGCACAACAAGUUGCUUUAGCUUUGAAAAAUAAUAAACUAAUUGAGAAAUUAAUCUUAGCGGAAAAUAGUAUUUCCAAAGAGUUGCAAACGCAUCUGGAGAAAGAAGGCAAAAGAUUAAAGUUUUUGGUGCUGGUAAAGAUGGGUAUAAAAUUGAUUAGUAUUAAGUAAUCUUUUUUUUUAUUUGUUUUAAAUAAAAGACAUGAAAUGAUUCUUUACAUCUCUCUUUAUACACAAUUAUAAUCAUUGUGUUGACAUCAUGAAAUCGCCAUGGAAGACAAGAGUGUUUUGGUUUACCUAUUUAAAGUAUAUGAGAAAGCUGCCCAUAAGUCGAAAUGAGUACAUUGAAUUUUGUCGGGCGACAGGCACCCUAACCGUUGCUUUUCGUUUUUUCCUUCCAUCCGGUGCAUGUUGAAUGUAGUCGGAAAAAUAUGUACGCCAUACACUGUAACAGAUAGCAUCUGUAAGAACGAAUAUUAUUUUAUCCAUAGACUACAAAUGCAUUUUUAUUUUUCAUUGUGUAAAAUUUGAUCAGACUCCCCAGAAUCUAAUAAUUCUGAUUUUUUUGUCAAAUUUUAUUUAGCGAUGCCCAUGCUGAAGACUCUUCAAUAAUUAAAUAAAAAUUUUCACUCAAAUCUAGCACUCAAUUCGACAUAUAUUGCUUAUCCAUGUGGCUAAAUAUCUAAACAUGAACUUCAACACAGUAUUUGAGUAGGAAAUGAAUUCAGCGGUGAGAAUAAAUUUUUGUCUUUUGAUCUAUUAUAAUAAUAAUUAUUAUUAUCAAACAGAGGUAGGACAAGUACACGUACACAAAGUACACGUACAAGUACUUGUACGUGCAUGGAUAUACCUGUACUU